AUGGGGGGACUCUUUGUGCCCGACACCUACGUCCAUGUGGCCCCCUCGGACAUAGAAAUGAACGUGGCCUCCAUGAUAUGGGGUGUCUCGAUCGGCUUCGCUGUCUUCACGUUUUCCAAGGGAGUUCGACAGACGUGGGGUAUCUGGAAGCGGACAAGGACCGUGACCGCCUACGUGGCGCUUAUCUGGAUUGAAUGGCUGGUCUGUUUCCUGCUCAGCCCGAUCCUCUGGUUCUAUAUAUGGGGAUCGAUUGAGCCUUCAUUCGCCCUGUUUGUCAUCAUCCUCAUUCUUUGGACACUUCAGAUACAAUGCAUCAUUCAGAUCAUCAUCAACCGAAUCGCACUUCUGAAAAGAGACCGGACGCGGAUCCGGCAAUUGCAAUGGUCCUCGGUUCUCAUUAUCGGUCUGAUCAACAUCAGCGUCUUCUGCAUAUGGAUCCCUGCCCAGCUCCAGAUUUCCGGGACGUACAUCACCAUCAACUACUACUGGGACCGCAUUGAAAAGGCCAUAUUCGCAAUCGUCGAUGUCUCACUCAACGUCUACUUUGUCCGACUCAUUCGGUCCAAGCUCAUCAGCAAUGGCCUUACCAAGUACUAUCCCCUGUUUUACUUCAACUGUGCCAUGAUCUCCGUGUCGAUUACUCUUGAUGUCAUCCUCAUAGCGUCCAUGAGUAUCGGGACAGGGUUCGUGUACAGCCUCUUCCACCCAGCAGUGUAUGGGAUCAAGCUCUACAUCGAGCUGAACAUGGCCGAUCUCAUCACAAAGUCCGUGCAGGGCGAUAAUGGGAGCGGCGCCGCAAGUGGCAGCGGAGGCAACGUGUAUCACAACUCGAGCGGCGCCAAGCAGGACAAGAGUGGAAAGGGGCGCGGUGCCCGAUCGUACUGGGGCGGGCCCGGUGCAAGCGGCGGCGACGACAAGAUCACGGCGGUGCGGAUGAAGACUUUGGUCACGGCCAACGGUGCCGGCACCACCAACUCGCAAGAUCAAGAGCAGGGAGGCAUCCGCCGCAAGGUCGAGACAGAGGUCGUCCACGAGCCCAAGGAUGAGGACGCGCAGAGCCGGACAAGCUCCACUGAGCAACUGCAGAAGAAGUUCGGUAUCGUGUGAGGCAAACAGCAUGCUCGGCCCAUGCCGGCGACAGAUUUGCCCAUCACGCUAUCAGUCCAGAGGCCAGGGCUUUAUCGAGAUGUGUGACGGCGAAGAGGUGCCGCGUGGACGAGGCGCCUGGGUUCAGAAUGCGAGGGCAGGCAGUGGAGGUUGACAUAUAUUAAUUCAAAGUUUGGCGGAGCCAGUGGGCAUGUCGAAGCACUUGCAGGGCCGAAUGGUGUGGAUAGUUAUGGCCUGAAUAAUCCCUGGUUGCCUAAUAGCUAGUUCGCGAACUCAUAGAAUAACCUGUUAAUAAUUAUGGAU